AUGUUGUUCGAUUUGUUUGGGCUCUUUGGAGAGAAGCCAUCAUGGUCUCUGAGUCCAAUUAAGUUUGAUGGGGGAAAUCAAAACAACUUUGGGGGGAAGGUGAUAGUUCCCCAAUCCGUGCUGGUCGAUCUUGUGUCUUUUCAGAUACAACCUCCAUUUACUUUUGAAAUCUCACAUUCCGAUGGGAUUUACAAAACCCAUUGCGGAGUUCUGGAGUUUACUGGAGAAGAAGGCCAGGUUGUUGUUCCCUCAUGGAUGUACCAGCAGCUUGCCAUGGAAGAUGCAGAUGAGGUUGUGCUCAGAUACAUGACAUUUCCUAUCGGGAAGUUCGUAAAGCUGAUACCACACUCUGUCGACUUUCUUGAGAUUGAGAACCCAAAGCUGGAGUUGGAGUCAUGUCUAAGAAACUAUCAGGUUUUGUCUGAAGGAGAUGAGAUACUAUGCCAGUUUGAUGAGAUUGGAUCGAUAAGGUUCACUGUUGCACACAUAGAACCUCCAAGUAAUGCAGUGUAUAUUGUGGACACAGACCUAGCCGUUGACUUUCUGGAGCCAAUUGGAUUCAAGGACAAGAUGGAAAGAGAAAGGACAGUCACAAAGUACAUUGAGGUGAUUGACUCAGCUCACGAUAUAAAGCCAAUCAGAAUGAAGAAACUUGGGCUGUACAUGUACAAGCCAGCAAAUUAA